CCAGUAAUCCACUACUGGAUCGUUUCAGUUGCUUGCCAUGCUGAAUGUGGAGGCUGGUUGCAUAUGACUUGGCUGCACUUUGGCGGCUCUUUGUGUCUAAAGGAGAGAGGACACCACAGGGGCUAAUAGGUUUUCUUCAGAUGCUCUAGGAAUUCCUGAGCCCUGAGCUUCGGCUGGCCAUGUGCCACGUCAAGGAAGCCAUACGGAUUGUUUUGCACUGCUUGGUGGUUUGUCGCACCAUCGGGGGUGCAGACUCGAUAGAUCCGAAGGCUGUCGUCUCCGAGCUCUUUGAUGUGGAGUAUGUCCGGAUCAAUGAGUCUCACCAUGUGCAGGAGCUUGAGCGCACUGUAGAGAAGUUCUCUGAAAUUUUGGAGAACAACCUGGACAGAUCAGGCACCGGCCGGGCACAGCUCGUUUUCAACCUCUACACUGUUAAGACUCGGAAGCAAAGCCUUUGGAACAGGAUUGUGGGGAACGAAGAAAAGACCGUUUUCGAGCAAUGGAGAAUUCCCGUAUCUGUGCAGCCUUUGAACAGGUAUUUGAAUCCUGCAGACAACUUGAGAGAGGAGGCAAAUUUGCAGGCCUCCGCUUCGCAACAAGUGCAGCAAGUCCUGCAUUACAUAAUCGCCAGAGCCAACAGCAAGGUGGACCAUCUUCCUUCACCGGAGAAAGAUACAGUCUCCUACAAGUUUGAGGUUGCCUUCUUGUCUGGAGAUGGGAAGGAGAUUGGUGCUGGAUCGUUGCUUCCGCAAGGCCUGGGAUCUUUGAGCCAGACGAUCCGUCACCUACCGUACAUGGCGUGAGAAUGCGAAAAGCCUGAGUGGCCAAGAUUUUCUAGUCUGCUAAAAGUGCGGACUUGAACUCUUUGUCAAAGAGUCUUUGAGAACUUAGCUUUUAAACUUGGUUUCAAUUCAUCCUGUUCCUUCCACAGGCGGUCUCAAUGCGUUGCACCGCGUCAA